ACUGGGCUGGGGGGAGGGGGCGGACUAGGGAGGGGGCAGAGGGCAGAACCAAGGGAAGGGGACGCUGUCAGGCCCAGGCCCCUAGGGGGCCAGGGCCAGGCCACUGCCUGGGGGCAGCAGGCACCAGAAACUGAAGGCAGCCUGAGCCGGGCAGGUCCCCUCCCUCUGCUACGGCAGCCCCCCAUCAUGCAGCCCCCACUGGACCUCAAGCAGAUCCUGCCCUUCCCGCUAGAGCCAGCCCCUACUCUGGGCCUUUUCAGCAACUACAACACGAUGGACCCUGUACAGAAGGCUGUGCUCUCCCACACUUUUGGGGGACCCUUGCUCAAGACCAAGCGUCCCAUCAUUUCCUGUAAUGUCUGUCAGAUCCGCUUCAAUUCUCAGAGCCAGGCCGAGGCGCACUACAAGGGAAACCGUCAUGCCCGGAGAGUCAAGGGCAUAGAGGCCGCCAAGACCCGAGGCAGGGAGCCUAAUGUCCGAGAACCUGGAGACCCAGCUCCCCCAGGCAGCAGCCCCCCAAAUGGAGAUGGUGUAACACCCCGUCCAGUUUCCAUGGAGAAUGGACUGGGUCCAGCCCCAGGAUCCCCAGAGAAACAGCCUGGCUCCCCAUCCCCUCCCAGUGUUCCAGAGACUGGUCAGGGUGUAACCAAGGGUGAAGGGGGAACUCCUACCCCAGCUUCCCUGCCUGGGGGUAGCAAGGAAGAAGAGGAGAAAGCCAAGAGGCUGCUCUACUGUGCAUUGUGCAAGGUGGCUGUGAACUCCCUGUCUCAGCUCGAGGCACAUAACAAAGGUACUAAGCACAAGACAAUUCUGGAGGCCCGAAGUGGGCUGGGGCCCAUCAAAGCUUACCCUCGGCUGGGGCCUCCCACCCCUGGGGAACCAGAGGCUCCUGCCCAGGACCGAACUUUCCACUGUGAGAUCUGCAAUGUCAAGGUCAACUCUGAGGUCCAACUGAAACAGCACAUCUCCAGCCGGCGGCACCGAGACGGCGUGGCCGGGAAGCCCAACCCACUACUAAGCCGUCACAAGAAGUCUAGGGGAGCUGGGGAGUUGGCGGGCACGCUGACUUUCUCCAAGGAACUGCCCAAGUCCCUGGCCGGCGGCCUGCUCCCCAGCCCCCUGGCGGUGGCUGCGGUGAUGGCAGCGGCAGCAGGCUCCCCGCUGUCCCUGCGCCCAGCGCCAGCAGCACCUCUUCUCCAGGGACCGCCGAUCACCCACCCACUGCUCCACCCGGCCCCUGGACCCAUCCGAACAGCGCACGGACCCAUCCUCUUCUCCCCCUACUGACCUCCAUCCUGAAUCCCUCCCAUUCAACUCCCCACCUCCAGCCGGGACCCAGGCCUCCGGGCUCCCAGCCCGCCCCUCCUCCUGGCACUCCCUGAAUGAUCUCUCCUUCCCCCCACCCCGAGGUACGGGGUUCCAGAAAAGGGGAGGGUUAGCGGGGGAGGGGGGCUUCAGAAGGGGGGGAACACCCCAGAUCUCAGGGAACCCCGCCCCCCUGCCUUUCUCCCUCCCCUAGAAAAGGGGGGGCCGUCUCACCCCCGAGCCCCCUUGGAGACACCCCCCUCCCAAAAGCCAUGUCCAUCCAUCCCUUCCCCCCAAAACCUAGCACAAAAUGGGGUUCACAAGCCAUGGUCGGGGUCCGGGGGCAGAAAUGGAUUUUCUUGGCAAUAAGCGGACUCGGAACUCCGGCCCCCCUACCCCAAACUGAAGCGCUUCCGUGAACACCCCCGUCCUCCGCAGGGGGAGGGGAGCAGGUGGGAUCCUGGGUCCCUCAUAAGCACUUUGGUUUUACCGCCUGCAACCUCACUGUGCCCGCCCCGCAUCACGCCCCAGUCCCAGGUCUAGCUGGGCCCAUUGCCGGGGGCAGCACUUGAGGGCAUCUCCGGCACUUGGGUGGGACCAAGGAGAUGCCCCCAUAAGACCUUUCCCUCGCCUUCUUUCCCAGUCCGGGUUCCAUUCUUUUCACCAGCACCCAUCGCCCAAGGGGUACCGAGGGGGGCAAGGGGUGUCCAGUCCAAGCCCACCCCCGCCUCGCCUUCCGCAAAACUGUGAGCAAAAAGCAAUAGAAGCCUCGUCCCCGCCCCCCGCUCCCCACUUCCCGCAGGAUUCGCCGAGUCUGUAGCCUCCCUAUCCCAGCUCCUAGACCUCAUGGCUGUCCCCUCCCCCCAGAUACCUCCACUGCACAACUCGGGUAGGGGCGUGACACCCCCCCCAUAGUUUCCGUAUUGUCAGCCCUCCAGCCUACCGGAGAGGGAACCAGCCCCCACUGGCCUUCCCCUUCCCAUCAACUCUUUCUGCUUGACAAUGUAGCAACCCCGGCCCCCUACCCACGUCCUCCCCUUUUUCCUCUCCCUGACAAUAAAGUCUGAAUUUGUUCUGCCCUCC